UUUAUAAACUCAAAGAUAACAAAGUAUAAAACUGUAAAACUACCUCUGCUUUAUGAAGCAAGCACUUUCUGGAUGAUCUGCGAUGUCUCUGAAAAUGUUUCAAAUUUUGGUGUCUGCUGUGCUGCUUACAGUUACCAUUUCAGGUGCUCUUGGAAUUCCUUUUCUGACAGAAGAAUCAGCAAAUCAGUUUAUACGACUUAAACGACAAAUACCAUAUUCUCACAGCUACUGGGACCCAAGCAGCAGCCAGAAUACGUGGGGAUACUUGGUGGCUGAGCAGAUUAGUGAAUCAUGGAUAGCUCUGAGAGACACAGCACAGUACUACAUGGAUUUGGGAUCUUAUUCCUUUGAUUCUUCAAUUGCCAGUGACAACAUCAGAUCUUACAUGGAAAUGCUACAGCAAUCUGGGACGCACCUCCAACAACAGAGUAGGACAAACAAUUAAAUCCUACACAUCUCGUGUCUGGCAAUAUUAGGAUUUGGAGUGUUAUCUAUUUGCCACAAAUUACUUUCUCUCAUACCACAGUCUAAGCACCACAAAUCACACACACAGUCUUUCUUAGUGCCACAUAUUUUGUGUGGAGAAGUAGUAGUAAUGGGAUGUAAGUCAGGUAAAUUGAAUAGAGACAUGAAGACUUAGCAGCUAUUAGGUUUUACCAAUUAGGUUAAAACAAACAAAAUCAAGAAGAAAAAAAAACUAAGAAGGUUGUUUUCAUGUAAAGGUUUUGUUUUUUUUUUUUGUUAAACUAUAUAUAUAUAUUUU